UAUGAGGGAAAUAUUCAAGUCCAUAUAGUAUCACACAUGAGCCAAAGUUCCCGGGACAUGUUGGACCAAGGUAUCGACCACCACUUAGAUAUUAAUUCCGGGACCAUCACUUGUUUAUUUCAUGGCUGUGGGGUGACACUAGAUAAUAUGGAUGCCGCUAGAAGGCAUAUUGAAGAACAUGGUAGCUUGGUAAAGGAUUUGUUCCGUAAAUGUGUGAAUUGCCACAAGCAGUACAAUAAGAUCGACCUGCUUCUAGCACAUAUGAUAUUUCAGUGUGACGAAAAAAGCAGUCACCAAAUAAAUUGCUCUUGCACUGAAUAUUGGCUCGAAAUUAAUAAUUAGCUCCAGUAAAAUCUAAGUCAUGGCGUUGCUAUAUAUUUUUUUGUUUUGGAUGCUAUAUAAUAGUUAUGUGCUAAAUAAUAGGUCUAGUAAUAAAUGAAGAAUCUAAUGCAUUGUAAUUUUUGAACUACUUUUUUCCAGAUAAGAAUUUCCUUCGGUUUUGACUAUUAAGAUGUAAAAUGUCAUGGUUUUCACUAAAAUUUUUGAACAUUACAGAGAAAGAGAAUCAAAUAAUGGAAAUAUGAAAGUCAUGGCGGCUGCUUCUGUAUAAUUUUCCAAAAUCUUACAUAUAUUGGCCAUAUUAGCUUCAACAACUAAUAGAUUGUAAACACUCAGGCCACUAAGUUCCUUUCGGCGUUACCCUACUACUAUCACUUCUUGAAUGUAAUCAUAGUUUUGCAUAUUUAUAUGUUAUUUCUUUUCAAUAAAUAUGAUCAAUUACUAUUGUUGAUGUCUUUCGAAGAGUCGUUGAAAUUAAUUUGUCAUUGGCUCUUACAUGUUACAAGCAAGUUAACUCACGUUUAUGUUCGAUGUAAUUCUACUUCUAUCCAAUUCAACAUUCUUGGUUGAACCUGAUAGAUAUAACUCGGGUCCUUUGAGAAAGCAAAUUUUCCUUAGCUGAUAAGAGUUAUACAGAAUAAAUCAUUUGGAGUACCAGUUUUCCAGUAAUCUCAAACCUAACCCAACACAGCGUGCACAUGCACUGAUAUAUUCAAAAUGUUUUUCUUAAAAAGAAAUAUCUAACACGGCUAUUCCCUGGACAGAUUUAUUGAUAUUGACUCAAAUGUAGCCAGAUGCAUCACAUUAGCGAGACUUGGAAUUGCUGAUUCCAAUAUACAUAGAAUAGCAUGACAUUUACUAUAGUAAUUCUUGUAUAAACAUUACCAUUGUUUUGUCUUGUGUUUUUAACCCAGAUACUAAUCGAAAUCAUCGACUUGGGCAAAGUGCUUGUUCCGGUCGAAUUUAAACUUUACAGUAAUUAACGGGCAUGUAAUUCAUUCUUUUGAAUCUGUACCCCCGUGGGAUCAAACAUGGUUUAGAAUCUAUAGGCAACACUAUCUGAGCAAUUAAGUCAUCUUGGUAAAGAUCUAAUCGUACCAUACUGGGGGGAAUAUAGUCUAUUCUCACUUUAGAUAGUUGGCAACGGGAUAAUUUCAAUACCUUAAGGUUGAAGUUGUAUUUAUUAUUGAACAAAGGGAACCGCAGGGUUACCUCUUUGAUUCGAUUAUUCAGUAAGCAAAGGUAUUCAAGGUUAGGGGGUAUAACCCAAUUGUCCAAGCUGGUAAUUGAGUUAUAAUCGAGGUCUAAGCGUUUCAAAUUAACAAGCUCUUGCCAAGC